AUGUUUAUCACCGUGAGCUUGGGAGCAGAAAUGGAGUCUGGUUGGUCAAACACUGUUUCGAGACACUUGAUGAAUAGUGGAGAUCCGUCGUUGAUCAUGAACACCAAGUCAGCCUGCCGCAACGCCAGCGACAAGUCUGCACUGUCUCUAACACUAGAAACGGGCAAAUUGGCGAUAGACAUCUUUGUAGUGGCCAAAUCGUUCUUGAUUCGAUCUACCAAUGCUUCGCAUUCCGCGCCAUGCGAGUUACUGAGCACAACGAUAUCUAGUAUCUGCUGCUCAGAUAACCGCAUCUUUGGCAUCACAAAAGACUUUUGGUUCGGCAAAAACUCAGGCUCUCCGUCCAGCGGGUCCUCUUCGUCUGUUUCGAAUACCAUCACUCCUCCAAAGCUGGGGCUGCCCCCGUUGCGGGAAACUACUACCAUGGACUCAUCCUUGUCGUCAGUUGUAGAAGACAAGAUCGAAGACGACGGCUUUUUGAGCACACGAGCAUCUCGGUAA